AUGUCAAGUACUUAUGGAAUCGUGAUUGUGUUUGUAUUGAUGUUUCUUUUAUAUGGUGAAUCGGCAAACACAAGUUCAUUCCAACAAUGUCUACAGAAAUGUGCAAUAACCUGUUUUAUUACGAACAAAGACUUGAAUGCAAGAAUUUCAUGUGGAGUACAAUGCAUUCCAAAAUGCAUCUUCAACCGUCCUCCUUCUCUAAUGAAUGUAGAUGCUUGUAGUCUCAAGUGUUCUAUUGACGAAUGCACCAAGUUAGUCGCAGAUGUUGAAAAAGUAGAAGAGUGUGUGGUGGCUUGUGGAAAGAACUCCAACUGCAAAACAAAGAGAUCAUUUUUGCUUCUCAAUCAGGCUGAUUUGGGUUGGGUGGCUUUGUUGGCUCCUUUAUUGUCAUUUGCUGCUGCAUAUUACUAUUAUUGA